AUGUUCAGUACGGCAAAUGCUGAUUCGUCAAACGAAAAACUUGAAUUGUGGAAUAAAAUCACUCAAAUCGCAGGCGAUGCUAUCCUCGAGCUGAAUCUUUCAGAGGAAGACCUGCCCGACAUAGCCCUUUCGGAUCUGAAAAUGCUUUGCGAGCCGUACAUCAAGGCGCAUCAAGCACUUUUGGCGAGCAGGACCAGUGCCCAAAUGCGUGAAGAGAGCCUCCAAAAAGCAAGAAAUUCAAUUCGUUCACUCCUCCAAAACGUCGACCAGAAAGAAUUGCUCGACACGAUCCCGUCUGAGCUAGUCGAAGUCGUCGUGGAUCUAAAUUUGCCCGUGCGUCGCUCUAAAUUCCAAUGGGCGAUCAUUGAGGGCGUCGAGGAACUGAAGGAAACCCUCAAACGUGAGUUGAAAAUCGCCGAGAGGGAGCAAGAGUUCGUGAAUGCACUUGAGAGAGCGGGCAGUGUAGAAGUGUUCCUUGAAAGCAUGCGGAUGGAUAUAGAGGAGGAAAUUAUAACGAUUGGUACUAUCGAAGAACGCCUCCAACAAAAUCGAGUGGAAAUCCCGGCUUUACGCCGCCAAAGAAAAGAGUUGAGGAAGAUGUUGACUGUUCUCGAGCCAGGAUACAAGAACUUCGCAGAGUUCAAGGGAGCAAUCCUAAGUAUCUUCAACGAACAAUCAUAA